AUGUUGACAGCUCCUCGCUUGACUGCCGCCCUCGCGCUUCUGAUGGGCUCUUUGGCCGUCGCGUCGCUGACCCCUUUGGAUGUUGACAAGAGGCAGUCGGCCACUUGCGCAGCUGUCCAUCUUUUUGUCGCGCGAGGAACCACUGAGCCCCCCGGCGACGGCCUGAUUGGCUCUCUUGCUCAGCUAGUCCUUGGGGCGAACCCUGGUGCCACUAAGGAAUCAAUCGACUACUUGGCCACUUCAGACCCUAUCUAUCUCCCCUCCGUCACGAUUGGCAUUGAAGCCGUUACUGAGCAGGUCACGAGCUAUGUUUCAGCCUGCCCCAACUCUACUCUAGUCCUCAUGGGAUACUCGCAGGGCGCGCAGAUCAUCCUAGAUGCCCUCUGCGGGUCGGGAAGUCCUGAGCUUGGCGGCACCGGUGAACCCACCAUUACCCUGGAACAGGGGGCAAACAUUGCAGCAGUUGUCGUCUAUGGAGACCCCGGCCGUGUCAAUGGCGAGUCUUGGAAUCUAGGCACUGCCACCAAAAGUGGGGUAAGCUUCACCAACGAUAUGUUCGACUAG